AUGGGGGGAGGGAGCGGCGGCGGCGGGGCGUGGCCGGUGGUGGUGAUGGUGUUCCUCAACGCGAUCGCGGCGGUGAUGGUGUCGCUCGUCAAGGUGGCCAUGAACGGCGGCCUCGACCCGCUGGUGCUCGUCACGCUGCAGCAGCUCACGGCCGCCGUCUUCCUCGGCCCCAUCGCGUACCUCCGGGAGGGCAAGGCGCGGCCGAGGAUGACGCUGGAGAUCUUCGCCUACCUCUUCGCCAGCGCGGCGCUGGGGGCGGCGCUGCGGCAGUACAUGAUCUUCGUGGCGCUGCGCUACACCACGGCCACCUUCGUCACGGCCUUCUCCAACGUGGCCCCCGUGCUCACCUUCCUCCUCGCCGCCGCCACGCGGUCCGAGUCCCUGAAGCUUGGGACCGCCACGGGCGCCGCCAAGCUCGCCGGCACGCUGGUGUCGCUGGCGGGCGCCAUGGUGCUCACCUUCUACCGCGGCGUGCCCCUCACCCACGCCCACCACCAUAGCGCCGGCCAGCCGCACUACGGGUCCGCGCCGUCGCCGGCGGGCGCGGGCGACCCCGGCGCCGGCAGGAGGUGGACGCUGGGCACGGUGGCGAUCCUGGGCAACUGCGUGUGCCUCUCCUGCUGGUUCCUGCUGCACGGCCGGCUGGCGAGGAAGUACCCCUACGUCUACUCCUGCAACGCCUUCAUGUCCACCUUCAGCUUCCUCCAGGUCGCCGCCGUGGGGCUCUGCGCCCACCGCAGCCUCGGCCUCGCCGCCUGGCUCGUCACCUCCAAGUUCCAGAUCCUCACCAUCCUCUACGCCGGGGUGGUGGGGUGCGGGGUGUCGUUCGUGCUGCUGACGUGGUGCAUCGAGAAGCGGGGGCCGGUGUUCGUCGCCGCCUUCGUCCCGGUGGUGCAGAUCAUCGUCUCCGUCAUGGACUUCACCGUGCUGCACGAGACGCUCUACCUCGGAAGUGUGCUGGGAUCGGUGUUGGUGAUAGGUGGGUUGUACCUGCUGCUGUGGGGCAAGCGGCAGGAGGCCCUCCAGCAGCCUCCAAAAGUCGCAGAGGAUGACACGGAGCAGCAACAACAACAACAACAGCAACACCACCACCAACAACAACAACAACAGGUGCAGGUGCAGAUGCAACCCUGA